AUGGGGUUUAGAGAGUACCGGGGUUCUCGACAGCACACACACGCCCAUUUUGUACUCACAGGCCACACCAGUUUUGAAGAUGAACCACCGCUAUUGGAAGAACUAGGAAUCAACUUUGAUCACAUAACACAGAAGACAAUGACAGUUCUGAACCCCACAAAAGAAACAGAUGCCUCCAUACUUGGGGACGGUGACCUGGCAGGCCCUCUGGUGUUCUGUCUCAUGUUUGGGUCUUGUCUCUUACUGGGAGGAAAGGUUCAUUUUGGCUACAUCUAUGGUAUUGGUGGGAUCGGCUGUGUGUCGUUGUGGUGCCUAUUGAACAUGAUGAGUCUAACAGGAGUCAGUGUGUGGACUGUGGCCAGUAUCCUAGGCUACUGCCUGCUUCCCAUGGUCUUUCUGUCAGGAGCUUCAAUCAUUCUCUCACUCCAGGGUGUCCUGGGCCAGAUUUUAGCCACACUAUCAGUGGGUUGGUGUAGCCUGUCAGCCUCCAAGCUGUUUGUGUCAGCCCUCGCCAUGCAUGACCAGCAGCUGCUUGUAGCCUAUCCCUGUGCCUUGUUGUACGGCGUCUUCGCCCUGCUGACCAUUUUCUAACGCUGGAAUUCAGCACACAUUUUUUGUAUGAACUUGAUGCUCCAAGACACAUAACCAUCAGUGAGUUUCAUAUUCCCAAACUUAAUCAUGUAAAUACUUCUGUAUGUAUGCCAUAUUAUGGAAAAUUGGGGGGAAAACAAAUGCCACAACCCUUCAUUCCAGGGAUGAUCUUAUAUGGAAGCACUUAAAACUUUGCUGGAUCUUUGUAAAACUGGUGGAUUGUACAGAGGAGUAGUAUUUUAUAGGCUGCUACAAAGGAAGAUAGGAAAAACUCAACAAAGGAAGAGUGAGGAGUAUGGAAGAACGAAGGAAUCAAAUAUUAUAUGGUCCCUCAAAGUCAGGGAUAUUGGAUAUUGCAAUUGAAAAGGCUUCAGAAUGAAGCUUUUUCCAGCAAAGUCUUUGUAAAUUAUGAUGCUGAAGGUUUGAGACAGUCAUAGAAGAAUGGGAUUUAGAGAGUACCGGGUCUGGUAGUGUAAGGUUAGCAGUCUAAUAUCUGUAUUAAAAAUAUUGGUGGUGUGUA